AUGCACGCUCUAGAAGACUACGCCACUACAUGGUCAAAAGAAAUGCAACCUGGGGUACUACUCGAGGCAACCUCGAGGCUUCCCGAAGCUUCCACUGAAGCCAAACCAGAGUUUCCACACAUGCAAGCUGGCUCUGUCGUCAACCAAAGGCUGCCAGCAGAACAGUUGUUCAUGUUCAAUGUCAUCAUUCCAUCUUUCACCAGUGUCAUCUGUCAAUCUUCCACUAGUGUCAUCAGUCAAUCUGCCACCAGAGUCACCAUUCCACCUUCCACCAGUGUCAUCAUUCCAUCUUCCACCAGUGUCAUCAUUCCAUCUUCCACUAGUGUCACCAUUCCACCUUCCACCAGUGUCAUCAUUCCAUCUUCCACCAAUGUCAUCAUUCCACCUUCCACCAGUGUCAUCAUUCCAUCUUCCACCAAUGUCAUCAUUCCACCUUCCACCAGUGUCAUCAUUCCAUCUUCCACCAGUGUCAUCAUUCCACCUUCCACCAGUGUCACCAUUCCACCUUCCACCUGUGUCAUCAUUCCAUCUUCCACCAAUGUCAUCAUUCCACCUUCCACCAGUGUCAUCAUUCCAUCUUCCACUAUUGUCAUCAUUCCAUCUUCCACUAGUGUCAUCAUUCCAUCUUCCACUAGUGUCAUCAUUCCAUCUUCCACUAGUGUCAUCAUUCCAUCUUCCACCAAUGUCAUCAUUCCACCUUCCACCAGUGUCAUCAUUCCAUCUUCCACCAGUGUCAUCAUUCCAUCUUCCACUAGUGUCAUCAUUCCAUCUUCCACUAGUGUCAUCAUUCCAUCUUCCACCAGUGUCUUCACUCCAUCUAAAUCAGGCAGCAAAUUGAUGGUCGAAGUUGAGCUUCACGGCGUGUUCCUCCUCAGUGCGAGCCAGCAGCGGUGCGGCCUACCUGGUCACCUGGCCGCGGGGUGUGAGGAGCGCCGGGUCACCCAUGUUAACCUCUUCCAGGAGGAGGAUUUUCUCCCGUUGUCGGCCCCGGACCUGUCUCCACGUGCUGGAUAA